UGCCAAUCAUCUUCUUUAGAUUUUACAGAAUUAUUUGACGUCAUACAUAAGAAAUGGUUUACACUAUCGAUGGAGCUGGGUCAACGCCACAGAAAACCGCGUGCGGGCCGCCGGCUAGCAGCCUGGUCGCGCUCGGCGGAACCAUGUAGGCGCACCGAGCGGCGGUCGGACCGUUAUCCAUGUGGGACGGGAAGGAUGGGAGGCUGGCGGCGGCCCUGCUCCAGAUGGCCUGCUUCUACCGCGGAAUGCUGGUGGUCCGGGCGGCCGGCAUCAGACCGCUCAUCCCCGGCCUGCUGGUCCCGGCGCAGUUUCGGGCGUUCUCCGUGAAGAAGGAGUCGGACAUAGAAGAGAAUCCGUAUUAUAAACGGUACCAGGAGAAGAUCCAGAAGUUCCGCAGUGCAAAACCACAGGAGUUCAAGACUCGACUGGAGAGACGUCAUGAAGUCACCAGAGAACCACUUGGACAGUCCAAACAGGCUGAGUUUGUCCGACUCAUGGAACAGGAGAUGGAGAAGCGGGACAAGCUAGCUGCUGACGGAGAAGCUGGUGGAGGAUUCACCAGAGAUAAGACACUGGGCUCCAUCCUCAACCUGGAUAUGAUCCAGGACAAGACCGGGCAGGAGAUUGCAGAGCUCUGGAUGAAGUAUUACUCCACCAAGGAUACCAUCAGUGCUGUGAUACCAACGCCGGUGUUUGACUUGAUGUUCAGCAGAGCCAGGUCCUGUCCCACGUUCCUGUUUGCGUUGCCCCAGAAGGAGGGUUACGAGUUCUUCCUGGGUCAGUGGGCGGGAUACCAGCUUCAUUUCACCUCACUCAUCAACGUGCAGAUGCAGGGAGAGAACGCUCCCAGUCAGCUGAUCCUGUACCACUACACCGAGCUGCAGCAGGACAAAGACAUCGUCCUCAUGACCGCCGAGAUGGACCCCAAGUUCAUAACGGUCCACCAGGCCCAGUGCUUGGCCAAUCAGGUGCAGUUAUUCUACGGCACGCAGAGGCAGGAGACUUUCCGAUUGGUGGAGACGUUCAACCACCAUCCAGCCAAGUUCAGUCACAUGGCGGUGAUCGCUGAGCUGGAGCAGAAUGGUCUGGGACCUGCAGUCACCUCUGCAGACACCUAAAGAGAGAUGGGGAGAGAGAGAGACAUGCAGAGACUCUGGCCUGGCAAAACUGGCCACCAUCUAACGCAGGGCCAUUUUCUCCAGGCGACAUGGUGAUGGCAGGAUGUGAGGUGUUCUCUGUCAUGUUGUUCAGGGCCCUCAGGGGUCCUGGUGCAGGACUUAAAGGAACGGUGACUCUGUCACUGGACUGGCUGAAAUCCACACCAACCUACCCAGCACCAGAACCCUGCUGGUCAUGACACAUCCAGGAAGUGUGGGACAUAGUUAAUUCAGUCUUCAUGUGUGCUGUUGGGAUGGGGUGGGGUAUUUACAUGGCAGGUUGAGUUGUUUAAGUUAACGUACUGUGGAUGAAUGCAUGCAGGGCCGAGUCCGGCACGCUCUUGUCUUCUUUAGCUCAUCAGCUGUCUGUCUGGAACCCUGUGUCAUUGUGUACCACGUGUUGCUGGAUGUGACAUACAAGUAAUAGCCAUUACAGAUGGUGUUCAGAGGACUGUG